GGGUUUUAUUUUGUUUCUUCAACAGGAGAACGACACCACUUCCAGGCCAAAUGGAUUCCGUUCUUCACACAUCCGACAAUAGUUCCACCAACGUGACCUGCGACGUUUACAUGCAUUUCGUGGCAGCGAAAGUCAUUUUCACCUUGUUUUACAUCAUUGUUUUCACAGUUGGCUUGUCAGGAAACAUAUUAGCCCUGUACAUAACUGUCCAGAAACACUCAAAGAUUAACUCAACCACACUUUACUUAAUCCACCUUGCAUUCUCUGAUGCUCUCUUUACACUCGCUCUUCCGUCUCGGAUAGUCUAUAUAGUCCGAGGGUUUGACUGGCCGUUUGGUGAGGUGCCAUGCCGAAUGUUUGCUGUCCUCUUCUAUAUCAAUACUUACGCCAGCAUCAAUUUCAUGACGUGGUUAAGCAUCGACCGUUACAUUGCUAUGGUUCACCCUCUUCGAUUCGCCAAGUUUCGCAAGGUGCAAAACGUCAAGUACAUCUGUUUUGCAGUUUGGGUCUUUCUGUUCCUCCAGACCUCUCCCCUGCUCUUCAUCCCAAUGACAAAUGAGAGCAAAGGCAUGACAACCUGCAUGGAGUACCCAAACCUUGAAAGCAACCCCAACCUGCCCAAGAUGCUGCUUGGUGCCUGUGUCCUGGGAUACUGCCUGCCAGUUGCAGUCAUAAUCUUUUGCUACUUUCGAGUCAACGUGAAACUCUGUAAGAUUGCAAAGAACAACCCUCUAACUGAGAAACUAGGCAGGAACAAAAAGGCAAUCACAGUCAUCCUGAUUGUGCUGUUGACCUUUCUGAUCUGCUUCACGCCGUAUCAUAUGACCAUUAUCCAGUACAUGAUCAGGAAACUCAUUGCACCACAGAACUGUUGGCACCAACGGGCAUUUAAAACAAGUCUGCAAGUUUCCGUUUGUUUCAUGAACCUCAACUGCUGCAUCGAUCCACUCAUCUACUUCUUUGCAUUCAAGGGCUACAAAAAUAAAUUCCUUGAAAUAAUAAGGCGCCACAUUACGCUAUCUGUGAUUACCUCCUCCAAGACUAUCUCGGAAAACAACAGCAGUCACGCAACAUUGAGUCAGGUCCAAGCCUCAGGAUCAGGAUCUGGAAACUGAUGCUUGCCAAACCAUCCCCCAGAGUGGUGGAAAGACUGACACUGUUGGGCCAACCCUUCUCCAGGUCCAUGGACUGGCAUUUCAUGUAAUGAAUGUUUUGACUGACUGCAUUACCCUCAUCUUACCCAGCCGAAUUGGGGGACAUGUUAUUCCCACAGCGAAUCCUACCCUCAUACCCUCUUGAAGCCCCAUUUCAGCAAUCUGAACACAUAAGGCCUUCCGUCAGGGGGCAGUACUAAGAGAAUGCCUCACUAUCAGAAAGGCAGUACUGAGAGGGUGCCGCAAUGUCAGAGGGGUAGUACUGAGGGAAUGUCCCACUGUUGGAGGGCCAGUAGUAGGAGUGUGCCUGUAUAGGAGUAGCUGUAUAGGAGUGUCACACAGCGGGAGGGCAGUGCUUAUGGAGUGCUACACUGUCACAGGGUCAGCUCUGGGGAUUACUGCACAGUUGGAAAGAGAGAACAUACUUCACAAAUCCACUUCAUCAUGCUAAGCCUGUGCACUGAGCUGCUCCAAAGAAAUGUCAGGAUUUCCACUCGUAUCUGUUCUGAUCCGAGACCUCAUUCCCAACGGCCACAAUUUCCCGACAAUUUGGUUACCAUAAAUCUAGCAAUGAUGGAUUUAGAAUUACCAAUGGACUCAUCGCUUAUUGCGAUAUGCCUUUGACUUUUCUGAAUUUCUCUCACUUUCUGCAUGCAGAAGUGUUUCCCAAAGCCUGCAUUGAAACCCAAGCAGUUUACAGUUUGUGAUCCCUUUCCCCAAACCCUGUCAUGGAUGAAAUGAGCCCUUUUCCUGGUAAGAACUUCUCCCAGUAGUAGAAUGUAAUGAGGUGAUGUGAUUGCCUUUAAGUGCUGUUAUUUGUUCUCCCUGCCUGCAAUAUUUCAUUGCUGUUGUUAUAUUACUGAUCUACUUAAAAUUGACAUUUAUUUUUAUUUGAAAUGUGGAUAAUCAAAAUGCUGUUUUUCAUGAAAGUGGGAAGUCUGGUGGAUUGAAGUAGGACAAAUGUAAUACAGGUACCCACAUGACAAGUAGCUCAAUUCAUAUGCUGUUAAAUAAUGUCUUGUGAAUGAAAACACAGUGUUGGCAUGAUGUACAUAGCUUUGUUUAAGAUAUGAUCAUUGUUGAUGUUUGUUUCGAGUUGCACUGCCUGCCUGCCUGCCUGCCAUACAUUGACUGAGGGAGGGUUCAGUUUCCAGAUUCUGAAGAAGGGUUUCGGCCCGAAACGUCGCCUAUUUCCUUUGCUCCAUAGAUGCUGCUGCACCCGCUGAAUUUUUCCAGCAUUUUUGUGUGCCUGCCAUACAUUGACUGCAGGCCCUGCAUCAUAAAUAUCGUUCAUUGUGCAGAUGUGUAUAGGAAGAUCACACAAUGCAUCUGUUAACAAACUGGAAGAAGCAUCAAUGUGUGAUUAAAUGAUGUGGUUGGAAACUUACAAGCUUCGUCAGUCUUCUUCCCACUGUCCACAUUUUCCUUCAUUUUCUUCAUGAAAUGCGGGUGCAACAGACAAGGCAUGGGAUUAUUACCCAUCCCCAUGUCGGGGUGGGCUUGAGCUGCCUUUAAUCUAAUGAAGGACUGGUCCAAGUGUUGGAGUAGACCUGGGAGCCCCUAACCAUGAGUACAGGUUCCCUGGAGUCUCAUAGCAGAAGGCCAAACAGAGUCAAGAUAACCUCCCCCAGGUUUCCACCUCUUGCCCUCCCUCAGCUACUAGUACACAUUGGGCAGCACUUGCAAGAAGCUCUGAUAAUAAGGGACAGAAUGUACUCCGGGUUGGUACUUGCG